GCCUGGCUCAGCAUGGUCAUCUCCUACCGCACCAACUGCCUCGCCAGCAUCGAGUCGCCGGAGCUCAAUGCCGAGAUGACCGCCGCCCUCCGCAACGCCACCGAGCUCACCGACAACGCCAUCGCCAUCAUCACAGCCGUCGCCGAGCUCGCAAAACAGUUCAACCUCAACUUGAACUUAACCGCAGCCGCCUCCGCUUUAACCGGCCGCCGCCUCUUGAGCUACCCCGACUGGAUUUCAGCGGCCGAUAGAAAGCUACUGGCCGCCGGCGGAGAUAAUCGGACUCUACCGCCGCCGAAUGCGGUGGUGGCGAAGGAUGGCAGCGGGCAGUUUAAGACGAUCAACGACGCACUCAAUGCUAUGCCGGAGACUUACAGGGGCCGCUACGUAAUUUAUGUGAAGGCUGGGGUGUAUAAUGAGAAGGUUACGGUAGCGAAGAACAAGCCUAAUUUGCUUAUUUACGGCGAUGGACCAAGGAAGACU